AUGGCGGCUGCGGCAGUGGCGGCGGCGGCCGCAGCAGCCGCAGCUGCCUCGCUGCAGGUGCUGGAGAUGGAGGGCAUGGAGACGGCCGCCGCCGGCUCGGCCGGGCUGGCCGCCGAGGUGAGAGGCAGCGGCACGGUGGAGUUCGGGUCCGGGCCCUGCUUGUCCGCCAUGGAGGCGAGCGGCGGCGACCCGGGCCCGGAGGCCGAGGAUUUCGAGUGCAGCACCCACUGCUCGGAGCUGUCGUGGAGGCAGAACGAGCAGCGGCGCCAGGGCCUCUUCUGCGACAUCACCCUGUGCUUCGGCGGCGCCGGCGGCCGCGAGUUCCGCGCCCACCGCUCGGUGCUGGCCGCCGCCACCGAGUACUUCACGCCGCUGCUCUCGGGCCAGUUCUCCGAGUCCCGCUCGGGCCGGGUGGAGAUGCGCAAGUGGAGCUCGGAGCCCGGGCCCGAACCUGACACGGUGGAAGCCGUUAUCGAAUACAUGUACACCGGGCGCAUCCGCGUCAGCACCGGCAGCGUGCACGAGGUUCUGGAGCUGGCGGACAGGUUCCUAUUAAUUCGCUUAAAAGAAUUUUGUGGAGAAUUUCUCAAGAAAAAACUUCAUCUCUCUAAUUGUGUGGCCAUUCAUAGCUUAGCUCACAUGUAUACCCUGAGCCAGCUUGCUCUGAAAGCUGCCGAUAUGAUACGGAGAAAUUUCCACAAAGUAAUUCAGGAUGAGGAAUUUUACACUUUACCUUUCCAUCUUAUUCGAGACUGGCUGUCAGACCUGGAAAUUACGGUGGAUUCCGAAGAAGUUCUUUUUGAAACAGUUUUGAAGUGGGUUCAGAGAAAUGCCGAAGAGAGGGAGAGGUACUUUGAAGAACUUUUUAAAUUGCUCAGAUUGUCCCAGAUGAAACCUACUUAUCUUACUCGGCACGUCAAACCGGAGAGGCUGGUGGCCAAUAAUGAAGUUUGUGUCAAGUUAGUGGCUGAUGCCGUGGAGAGGCAUGCUCUGAGAGCUGAGAACAUGCAGUCUGGUACAAUCCAGCAUCCUGCUUCUAAUGUCUCAUUGUUACCUCGCUACGGACAAAACAUGGACGUGAUCAUGGUGAUUGGAGGCGUGUCGGAAGGAGGGGACUAUUUAAGUGAAUGUGUGGGGUAUUUUGUUGAUGAGGACAGAUGGGUAAACCUGCCCCAUAUUCAUAAUCACCUGGAUGGCCAUGCGGUUGCAGUAACUGAAUCCCACGUGUAUGUUGCUGGAUCAAUGGAACCAGGUUUUGCUAAAACUGUGGAAAGAUAUAACCCAAAUUUUAAUAUAUGGGAACAUGUUUGUAGUCUGAUGACACGGAAGCAUUCUUUUGGGCUAACGCAAGUCAAAGGGAAGCUCUAUAGCAUUGGAGGACAUGGCAACUUCAGUCCCGGCUUUAAAGAUGUUACUGUUUAUAAUCCUGAGAUUGAUAAGUGGCACAACUUGGAAUCGGCACCAAAGAUUCUUCGAGACGUCAAAGCGCUCGCUGUCGAAGACCGGUUUGUGUACAUCGCUGCCCGCACGCCUGUGGAUCGGGACACCGAGGAUGGCCUGAAGGCUGUCAUCACCUGCUACGACACAGAGACUCGGCAGUGGCAGGACGUGAAGUCUCUGCCACUUAUUGACAAUUACUGCUUUUUCCAAAUGUCUGUGGUCAAUUCCAACUUUUAUCAGACAGCAUCAUGCUGUCCCAAGAGUUAUUCUUUAGAAAAUGAAGAGGCAGUCAGAAAGAUCGCCAGCCAAGUUUCCGAUGAGAUCCUUGAAAGCUUACCUCCAGAAGUCCUAAGCAUCGAAGGAGCAGCCAUCUGCUAUUACAAAGACGACGUUUUCAUUAUUGGAGGCUGGAAAAACAGUGAUGAUAUCGACAAGCAGUAUCGGAAAGAGGCCUAUCGAUACUGCGCCGAGAGGAAGAGGUGGAUGCUGCUCCCGCCCAUGCCGCAGCCUCGCUGUCGAGCCACUGCUUGCCACGUGAGAAUCCCGUACCGGUACUUGCAUGGCACACAGAGAUAUCCCAUGCCUCAAAACUUAAUGUGGCAGAAGGACCGGAUCAGGCAGAUGCAAGAAAUACAUCGGCAUGCCUUGAAUAUGCGGCGAGUGCCAAGCUCUCAGAUCGAAUGCUAG